AUGGGAACAGACGAGGUGCGUAGCGAGCCGCCAGCAAAGCCCAAGUUCCGGCGUCUCAACGACCAAGAGCGCCUCGAGAUCCUCUUGGCGCUCCCAGGCCCCAAGUACACUGGCAUACACAGCAUUGCGCGCCAGUAUGGCGUCAAGGUGCCCGCGGUGCGCCAGCUGCUGGCGCAGCGGGAAGAGGUGCUGCCACGCCUCCUGGCGACGCCCGAGAAGGUGCGCCGCGCAACGUUCCGACGGAAGGCGCCUCCAAAGCCGCCAAAGCCGCCGCCGGCACCAGAGUAUCCGGAGCGUCCGAGGCGCAAUGGUCUGCGCAUGACUGACCAGGAGCGGCUCGAGAUUCUCAUGGCCCUGGACACGCCGGCACCGCCGUCGAUGCGCGCCUUGGCACGCAAGUACAACGUCGAUGAAACUGCGGUCCGACAACUCGUCCGAAAGGGCGACCAGUACUUGCGAAUGCUAUUGGCAACGCCCGAGGAUGUCCGGCGGACGCGGCGGGUGGUCUACAACCGCUUUGCCAACAAUCCAUUCGAGGGGCCUCCGCGGUCCCAUGCGAGCGACGGCGGAAGCUCCGAAAGCAAACGCACUCAUCUCGAGGACAAUUUGCGGCUCACGGACCAAGAUCGACUCGACAUUCUCUUGGCGUUCGGCGGACCGACGCCGCCGAGCGUCCCGGUGGCGGCCAGGCACUUUGGCGUCCAGCCGGCCACGAUCAAGCGGGUGCUCAAGGAGCGCGAGAAGGCGCUGCCCAUCUUGCUGGCGACGGACGAAGACACGCGCCGCGCUGCGCGGGGAUCCAAGGGCGUCGCUUGCAACGCGAUCGACCGCGGCUUGAUGGCGUUCAUCGCCGAUCUCAAGGAACAGGACCUAAAGUAUACGCUGGACGACUUGCGCGCCGAGGCCAUUGACAUUGCAACAUCGCUGGGCAUUGAGAACUUCAAGGCGUCCGAGUCAUGGCUCAAGGCCUUUCGGCAGCGACAGGGCAUUCCCAUUAUCACACACCGGAAGCCCGCGACGGAGGGACCCAUCUGUUUUGAGUUAUAGCGCCUUGUAGAAGUAUCAUAUAAAGCUAUAUCAUCGCGCACGCCCCUAUACAAGUAUCGACGGUAACUGAUGUCGAUUCGCC